GUUGAGGCGGAGGUGCGGAGGUCCUCCUCGGCCAGCUCCCUCAUUCGCCAUCACUCAAGGACGAGAACAGGGCGGGAGAGAGAGAACGUUCAGCUGCUCUUCGUUAUAAUUGUUCAUAAGAGGUUGCGAGGAGUAAGGGAGAAGGACAGGGAGUUGAGACGGAAAGGAUCAGCUAACGACUCGCUAACUAAGAAAGAACAAAAGAGAACAAAGAAGGGGAAAUCGACGAUGGCGGCGGCGCGGUCGGAGGCGUCGGGCAAGCUGCCGGCGCUGACGCGGAAGCUGCGCUACACGGGCCUGUUCACCUCGCAGAUGGCGCCCACGUCGCGCGCCUACUGCAUCCUGCUGAGCUUCUUCGUGGGCGUGCUCAUGCUCACCGCCGGCUCCGUGUUCUACCACGUGAUCCUGAUCCGCCCCAUGAGCGGCAGCCACCCCAUGCACACGCCGCCGCUGCCGCUCGCCUGCGGCCUCAUCCUCGCCGGCGCCGCCACCGUCCUCGGGUCCUUCUUCGUCGCCUGGAGGUACGGGUUUGACGACGGCGACGACAGCCUCGAGGACGAUCUCUACUCCUUGGCCAAAGACGACGUCCUUGAACAGACCCACGAGCAGCAGCAGCAGCAGUGGCAGCAGCGUCAGCAGUGUCAGCAGAAUCAGCAGCAUCAACAGUGUCAGCAGACUCAGCAGUGUCUACAACAUCAACAGUCUCAGCAUCAGCAGUGCCAGCAACACCAGAAGAAUCAACAUCAGCAGUGCCAGCAACACCAUAAGAGUCAGCACCAGCAGCACCAGCAAUGUCAGCCCCAUCAUCAUAGCCAGCAUCAGCAGCAAUACUGUGAGCAGCAUCCUCGUCAGAAAGAUGAUCAGAAACAGUCUUCUCAGCAACAGCAGAAGACUGAGCAACAGAAGACUGAGAAACAGAGAACUCAGCAAGAGAGGACUCAGCAACAGAAAAACUACCACCACUUCCAACAGCACUACCACCACCACGAGUGUUGUCAGUCCGCUGCCAAGAUUCCAUCUGUGUGAACCAGCUUUUUUUUUAUACUGAUUUUUGAUUCUUGAAUUAUAUUUAUUUUAGAAACCUAUAUGUAUAUAUCCAUUUUUUUCUUUCUUUAUAUCAAUUCUUUAUCUCCAUUUAUUUAUCCGUGCUAUUCUAUUCUUAAUUUUCACUGCCUUUCCUCCCCCUCUCUCUUUCUCUCUCUCUCUCCUUACUUUCUUUAUUUUCAUCCACCUUUCUUUUACUUUGUUCUCUCCUCGCUGGUUUUCUCUUUUAGUGAAUGCGAAACUGAAUAAAUUAUUUUUCGUACCAGA